ACAGAAGCAUUCGGCAAGCGGCUGCCUGCGGAUAACGGGACCACCGAGCUCAGCCCGGGGUUGGGACAGGGAUUUUCCCUCCCUGGGACAGGUGACACUGCAGCCCCGGGGUGCUGGGACAGGUGACAGGGUGGGGACAGCCCCAUGAAGCUCCUCCAAGCUGGGACACACGGCACCGAGCUGAGCCACAGCCGCUACCCCCGCGGCCGGGAGCGUUUUGCCGAGACCGGGCAUUGCCGGGGGGCACGGAUGCUGACGAUGCCGUGCGGAGCCUGCGGCCCGGCAGUGCUGGCUCUGAUGUCCCUGUCCCUCGGCUUCGCAGCCGAGGAGCUGCUGUGUGCCUGUGAUGUGCCCCACUGCAGUCUGCCCACCUGCACGGGGAAAAUCUGCUUCGUCAGCAAGAGGAAGGAGGAGGGGACCAUCACCCAGCACCGGGGCUGCUUCUCCCAACACAUCCUGGAAAACUGUCAGACACCUGUGACGGAGCAGUAUGGGAUGAAAUGCUGCAACUCCAGCAUGUGCAAUGCCGAGCUGGAGAUCUUCCUGCAAGGAGAAGAGGCCCUGGGAAAGGUGCCUUCCAUGCCCAACCUCCUCUUGAUGAUCUUCGUCCCCUUGCUCACCCUCCUCAUCCUCGCCGCGCUCACAGGGCUCUUCUGCUGGAAGGUGACCCAGCAGCGGCACAAGAAAAGUGACCUGGGGGACAUGGACCUCAUGCUGAAGGCAUCCAUGGUGGGAGACAGCACCAUGGAGGACCUGCUGAAUGAUGACUGCACGACGGGCAGCGGCUCGGGGUUGCCCUUCCUGGUCCAACGCACGGUGGCUCGACAGAUCACCCUGGUGGAGUGUGUGGGCAAGGGACGCUACGGGGAGGUGUGGAGAGGUGUGUGGCACGGGGAGAGCGUGGCCGUGAAGAUCUUCUCCUCCCGGGAUGAGCAGUCCUGGUUCCGUGAGACAGAGAUCUACAACACGGUCCUCCUGAGGCACGACAACAUUCUGGGUUUCAUUGCCUCUGACAUGACAUCGAGGAACUCCAGCACCCAGCUCUGGCUCAUCACCCACUACCACGAGAACGGGUCCCUCUACGACUACCUGCAGAGGACAGCCCUGGAUGUGGAAACCUGCCUGGGUUUGGCCUCCUCCAUCAUCUGUGGCCUUGUCCAUCUCCACGUGGAGAUCUUUGGCACCCAGGGCAAGCCUGCAAUCGCCCACCGUGAUCUGAAGAGCAGGAACAUCCUGGUGAAGAGCAACAGACAGUGCUGCAUCGCUGACCUGGGGCUGGCUGUCAUGCACUCCCAAGGCAGCGACUACCUGGACAUAGGGAACAACCCCCGGGUGGGCACCAAGCGCUACAUGGCCCCCGAGGUGCUGAGCGAGCAGAUCCGCACCGACUGCUUCGAGUCCUACAAGAAGACAGACAUCUGGGCUUUUGGGCUGGUGCUCUGGGAGAUCACCCGCAGGACAGUGGUCAACGGCAUCGUGGAGGAGUACCGCCCGCCCUUCUUUGAUGUUGUGCCCAGCGACCCCAGCUUCGAGGACAUGAAGAAGGUUGUGUGCAUCGACAUGCAGACCCCCAGCAUCCCAAACCGUCUCUUCUCGGACUCGGUGAUGUCGGCGCUGGCAAAGAUCAUGAAGGAGUGCUGGUACCAGAGCCCCUCGGCCCGCCUCACCGCCCUGAGGAUUAAAAAGACUCUGAAGAAGCUGAACAAUUCCCUGGAAAAGCCCAAACCGGAGCAGUGAACACCGGGAAUACCGGGAAUGUGCCCGACCCGCUGAGAGCUGCCCCGGGGAUGGGGGUGAAGUCAACACCGGGAUGGCUGCUGGUCAUGGUGGGAGCAGCCCCCACCUUGCCCACCCACCCAGGGAGCCUUAGCAAGGAGGGAACAAAGCAGGAAAAAAAACAGAAAAAAAAAAAAAAAGAAAAAGAAAAAAGAAAAAAGAAAAAGAAAAAAGAAAGGAAUCUUCCAGCCCGGUUACAAAAAUACCCUCGGGAUCCGACACCCGACGCCGGCCCGGCGGGGAUGGGCCCACCCUGAGCACACCCCCAGGGCCAAGGAGGAAGCUGGAAGCAGCUCUGGCAUCCUAUCCAUCCAUCCACAGCCCCCCCACCCACCCACUCGGGCACCCACGCCACGCUUGGUACCCCCAGGCAACGGGGGGUGCCCAAACCCGCCCGCCCGGUGCAGCCCCGGGGAUGCUCGGCGGCAGGUUGAGGAAUUCCCCGGCAGCUCCGGCACAGCUCCUGCCGCAGGAGGUUUGGAUCCGGGCUGGGAAAAGGCUGAGCCGGGAGCCCCAGUUGGGUGGGAUCCACACCCGAGCACCCCCCGGGGCUCCCGAGCACCCCCCGGGCUGCAGGGACCCCCAGGAGCCUCUUGGUCUUUGCCAAAGUUUCGGUGGUUUUGUUGUGUUUUGGUGGUUUUUGGGGUUUUUUGGGUAUUUUUGUCGCGUUUUGGUGCACCUCGUGGCCAGCUCCAGCCCCCCCAUCCCAAAAUUCCCCCCGUUUUCCAAGGGCUGUUCAGCAGAACCAGCUUUGCGCCCUCCCGCAGAAUUAUUUAAUGAUUAAGAUUUAAUAUAUUUAAUAAAGUGUAAAGCUCUUUUAUCACUCCA